ACUAUUUACUAAUUUGUUUGAGACCCAAUACUGCUAAAACAAAUCCAAGUAAUAGUCGAUUCUUAUCAAACUAGCCAUUGAUAACGGUUUGUUGGUAGUGCAUGCUCACGUUUCGAGGAAAUGUUCAAGAGAAACCUUGUUACCUGGAAAUAUUUUAUCAGUCUUUCGUUUAUAUAUUAGGCCUACUUGCAUCGAUCUUGUUCAUGUAAAGAUUACCGGCAAGUAAAGCUAAAGAAUUUCCAAGUUCCAACUUGCUUCCUCAUUACUCCCUAUUGUGAACAACAUCAAGACCAUAAAGCAGUCAUUGCCAGUAUCACACAUGAGGCUGUUCGCCAUUGGAAGCUCUAAGAGAGGGGGGAGAGGACCAUUCGCUGUUUGGCCGGAAGGCCAGGUUUAUGUAUACACCAUGUGCAAAUGCGGCAAGAAUGCACACAAGCUGUUCGGGGAAAUGUCCAAGUGAAACUUGUUCACUAGAGUUCCUUAUAGCUGGGAGUCGUUCUUUGUUAACUUAAAGAAUCUUAACAAAUGCCUCCGCAGCUGCCAAACCCUAAUUGGCCGUCGAUUACGACGGGGGUGGGUCGGCUCUUCUUGACUCUCUCCAUGAUGCUGCCACCGAAGAAAACCCUAACCAAUGUCUACAUGCGGCUUUUCUCUUUCCUGGUACGGACCUUACUCCUUCAAUGGAGAUUAACCAGUGGAAGUCUUCAUUUGGGGAUGAUGAUUCAAACAAAUUUGUUCUGA